UAAGCUGAAGUUACAAGGUCAGCUGAUCUUUCCCAUUUCCUGUAAAUCAGUCUGAGACGCGGCUGUUUAGCAACACGCUGUUCUGGGGUUUUGUUCAUCUUAUAAACUGUUAACAAGGCGUCACAGUGUGGAGAUCAAGACCCCUUUUUCCCUGAAGGAUGGCCGACACAGAGCAGCAAAAUCCUCCUCCUCCUCCUCCUCCUCCUCCACAGACUGGGCCUGUGCAAUUCCUGUUGAGCAACAAACUGGAGACAGCCAUGUGGCUCUCGCGUCUUUUCACGGUCUACUGCUCCAUCAUGUUCAUACUUCCUCUGCUAGGGCCAAUGGCAGCAGCUAACUUCUACCAAAGGGCUCUCUUGGCCAACGCUUUGACUAGCGCUCUGCGUCUGCACCAGAGGCUUCCUCACUUCCAGCUGAGCCGAGCCUUCCUUUCACAGGCCUUACAGGAGGACAGCUGCCAUUACCUCCUCUACUCACUCAUCCUGGUCAACUCCUACCCCAUCACCAUGAGCAUAUUCCCCGUGUUCCUCUUCUCACUGCUUCAUGCCACCACAUACACUAAGAAGGUUCUUGAUGUGAUGGGACCGGACAGUCUGCUCUUUGUACGGAACUUCCUGAACAAGCUCACCGCCAAUCAGCAGAAUAUUCUCAAGUUCAUCGCCUGUAAUGAGAUCUUUUUGAUGCCAGCUACAGUCUUCAUGCUUUUCAGCGGACAGGGCAGCCUGCUGCAGCCCUUCAUUUAUUACCGAUUCCUGACUUUACGUUAUGCCUCCAGACGAAACCCUUACUGCCGGACCCUGUUCACGGAGUUACGGAUACUUAUGGAGCACUUUGUGAUGAAGCCCGCCUGCCCAGUCUUCUUCAGGAGAAUGUGCCUCAAUAGCAUCGCCUUCAUUAGUCGCCUAGCCCCUACAGGAGUCUAAAUACACUGUGUAUCUCACGCACUCCGACACAGCAUCACACACUGAUAAAUACACACACUUAAACUUUUAAGCUCCUACAACGUGACUAGCUGGGAAAGAGUUCCUCCAACGUAGAUUUCUAAGCAGUCAGAUGACGUUUCCAAGUGCCCAUCCUCAACGUCCUGCUGGUCUCAUCUUCUGCAUGGAAAGCUGUUGCUAUUUUGGAGACACUUCACAGAUCUUAAAGGCUGACAGGAAAAAAAAAAGAACAGCAGAUAAUCGAAUACAUUCUGUGUAUUGUAAAAUCGCUGCAGCUCUUCAGUCAGUGCUUUUGAAAGAUUAUUUAUAAAAGUAAUACUAAGUAUGGAUGCUUUUCAUAUGGGAGUGGAUGAAAAAAAUAUUUAAGCUUAACUUAGAGUAAAUGAUUGCUAGGUAUAUAUCUGUAAGUGCUUCCCAUGCAGGGAAGAGAGAUUUUGAGCUGUCGUUACUUGUGUGUAUUUUUGUUUGUCUGUAGUCUUAAUUUUCCAUGUUUUUGUUUAAUGCUGUAGUUAAGCUGGAUUGUCUUGAAAUGAAAGUGGUUAAUUUUUUAAAGAUUAGUGAAGAGAGUAUGGGAGAAAUCUAUGAUUUGAUUUGUCACUUUUUUAAUUAACAGAUUAAACAAUGACUAAUGUAUUCAUUUAUUAAAAUGCCUUGAAUGUGAAUUGUUCAAAGUAAAAGAAUUUCCACUUUCAUUAAAGAGAGGCUUAAGUGGAUCUAUUGCAUUACAUUUGUUAUAUUUAUUAACUCUGUUGACCAAGUUUGUGUAAUUGAAAUAAAAAUCAAUAAAAUUAACUCGAGCUUUA